GGCAUCUUUCAAUAAAUCCUUAUCGUCUUACCCAUUUCCCUCUAUCACGUAAAAUACAAACCCUAAUUCACUUGAUUCAACCAACUUCAUCAAUUUUCUCUACGAUUCAGCAUUACAAUCUGCAGAAGAACUGGUUUGUUGAUUUCAGGCGAGAGCCGAUUGGAUUCUGGUAGGUGGUGUUGUUCAGAAUUUGGAAUUUACUCAAUUUAGGAUGGCGGUGUUGUUGGAGGAUGUAGUUAAAGCGGUGGAGGCAUGGUUAAAGAUUCUUAAGAAACCGGAGCCUUACAUUGAUCCAAAUCUUGAUCCGGUUCUUAUAGUGCCUGGGAUUGCUGGUUCAAUUCUGCAUGCUUUAAAUGGUGAAACUGGGAAAGAAGAGCGAGUUUGGGUUCGGAUUUGGGAAGCUGAUCAUGAAUUCCGUGCCAAACUUUGGUGCCAGUUCGAUUCUGCUACUGGUAAAACUAUGUCUUUGGAUCCCAACACCAGUAUUGUCGUUCCUGAGGACAGAGAUGGCCUCUAUGCAAUUGAUUGCUUGGAUCCUGAUAUGAUCGUUGGACGUGAUAGUGUAUGCUAUUUCCAUGACAUGAUAAAUGAGAUGACAAGCUGGGGAUACCAAGAAGGAAAAACUCUUUUUGGGUUUGGAUACGAUUUCCGACAAAGUAACAGACUUAAAGAAACAAUGGAUCGUCUUGCUGCAAAAUUGGACGCAAUUUAUACUGCUUCAGGGGGGAAGAAGAUAAACGUAAUUACUCAUUCAAUGGGUGGACUUCUUCUCAAAUGUUUUAUGAGCCUGCACAGCGAUAUUUUUGAGAAAUACGUCAAGAACUGGAUAGCAAUUGCUGCACCGUUUCAGGGUGCACCUGGAUAUGUAACAUCUACCUUAUUAAACGGGAUGUCAUUUGUGGAGGGAUGGGAAGCAUAUUUUUUUGUAUCCAAGUGGAGUAUGCAUCAGCUGCUGAUUGAAUGUCCAUCCAUAUAUGAACUGAUGGCCUGUCUGGAUUAUGAAUGGGAACAUGAUCCUAUGUUACAAAUUUGGAAGGAGAUUCAGGAUGGUGAAGGAAACUCUGCUGCUAUGCUGGAGACAUUCACCCCGGUGGAAGCAGUUUCGAUCUUCACUCAGGCUCUUUCCAACAAUGAGCUGAGCUACGAUGGAGUGGAUAUCCCUCUACCAUUCAACAAAGCAAUAUUGCAUUGGGCUAAUAAAACGAGAGAGAUCUUAUCUUCGGCCAAACUUCCGCCAAAGGUUAAGUUCUACAAUGUUUAUGGCACUGGUCAGGACACUCCUCAGACUGUGAGUUAUGGAAGCGUGGACUCACCCGUCUCGGACCUAUGUGAAUUACCAUUUCUCGAUGCAACUUAUGUCAAUGUUGAUGGUGAUGGUACAGUACCUGUAGAAUCUGCAAAGGCUGAUGGGCUCGAUGCAGAAGCUAGGGUCGGUAUCCCAGGUGAUCACCGAGGGAUCCUAAAAGACAAACACCUAUUCCGGAUAGUCAAGCACUGGCUGAAAGCAGACCAUGAUCCCUUCUACAACCCCGUAAAUGAUUACGUGAUCCUACCGACUUUAUUUGAGCUCAAAAAGCACCACGAAAAGGGCGUGGAAGUAACUUCACUCAAAGAAGAAUGGGAAUUUGUUUCCAAAGACCAAGACGAAAACAACCACCAACCUGUAGUCGGUUCGAUAUCCGCUUCUCGAGUAGCGGAUGAUCGGUCGUCUUCCGAAGAGGCACGUGCGACUUUCAUCGUUCAUCCACAAAGCAACGGUAAACAACAUGUUGAAUUAAAUGCAAUGAGUGUGACUGCUGGUGGUGCGUGAUAAUAAAAAAAGGGUGUACGAGUAUGUUCAUAUGUAUAUAUUCAAGUGCUUUUAACGAGGUUAAAUUGUAAAAAUAAAUAAAAAGAACAUAAAGAUGAAAAAAAGGUGUGGUGAAGUUGACAUGUGACAUGCAACGUUGGUGGGUUUUAUUGUUACUGUUAUGUAAAUAGUCAUGGCCUGUGCAAAAAUGGGUAUUUUAAAUAAAAGUGGGUGUGGGCCAGUUUGUUUGUGC